AUGACUGACGUUAACGCACUAAAAGAUGCAGGCAAUAAGGCCUUCUCAGCAAGGGAUUGGGACAAGGCCAUCGACCUUUUCACGCAAGCGAUUGCGCUAGAUCCGAAGAACCAUGUUUUGUACUCGAAUCGAAGUGCAGCUAAGGCCGGCAAGCGAGAGUGGGAGGCUGCGCUAGAAGAUGCCGAGGAGUGCAUUAAAUGUAACCCCUCGUGGGCGAAGGGGUAUGCACGAAAGGGCGCUGCGCUGCAUGGUGCUCAUCGGUUUGAUGAUGCUAUCGUGGCGUACGAAGAGGGUCUUAAGCUAGAAGAGAGCCCGGCGCUGAAGAAAGGUCUAGAGGAAGUUCGCACAGCUAAAGCAAUGGACUCGAACCCAUUGGCAAAAGGACUGAGUGACCCUAACCUCAUCGGUAAACUCGCCGCCAACCCACGGACGUCGAAAUAUCUCGCAGAUCCCAGCUUUAUGCAAAAUCUUCGAAUGUGGCAAAUGAAUCCCAGCGCAGCUGCCUCGAGUGGCGAUCCUCGGUUUAUCGAUGUCUUAGGAGUAGCUAUGGGUAUUGACAUGCAAGGCUUCACGAGACCAGAAGGAUCUGAUGAACUCCCUCCCGAUACCCGAAGCACUCCCACACCUUCAGCACCGAAAUCCACACCUACUCCCGUAUCUAAACCGUCAACAUCGGCGUCACCGCCAACAGAGGAUGUCGAAAUGGAGGAAGUCGACGAUGAAGAGGCAAAAGCCAAGAAAGAGGCAGAAGCUGCUAAGAAACUCGGAAGUGAGGCGUAUAAAAAACGAGAAUUCGAAGAGGCUGCCACGCAGUUCUCAAAAGCCUGGGACCUCUGGCCAAAGGAUAUAACCUUCCUGACCAACCUUGCCGCCACAUAUUUCGAGCAGGGUGAGUUUGACCAGUGUAUUGAGACUUGUGAGAAGGCCGUGGAAGAGGGUCGAUCACUACGUGCAGACUACAAGCUCAUUGCGAAAGCGUUUGGACGUAUUGGAUCAGCAUACGUCAAGAAGGGCGAUCAUGCCUCCGCGAUCAAGUUCUACAACAAAUCCCUUUCCGAACACCGUACCCCCGACAUCCUCAACAAACUGCGUGACAUCGAACGUGUUAAGGCGGAAGCUGACAGACAAGCUUAUAUCGACCCGGAGAAGAGCCACAUCGCCCGUGAGGAGGGUAAUGCGCAGUUUAAGGCUGGCCAAUUUGCCGACGCCGUCAAGAGCUACACGGAGAGUAUCAAGCGUGACCCUAGCGAUGCGCGUGGAUACAAUAACCGAGCGGCUGCGUACAUGAAGCUUGUUGCGUUCCCCGAGGCCCUUAAAGAUGUCGAGGAGGCCAUUAAGGUGGAUCCGAAGUUUGUCAAAGCCUACAUUAGGAAGUCAAACGUGUUGCUUACCAUGAAGGAACACGCGAAGGCCCUGGAGGCUAUACAGACGGCUGCAGAGGUGGAUGAGGAACACAGGCACACAUCGGAAAUCGCGCAACAAGAAAUGAAGAUCCAGCAAGCCCUCUUCAGUGAGCGCAACGCUGAGUCGGCAGAACAGACAUUGGAGCGUGCCAUGAGAGAUCCGGAGGUUGCUGAGAUUAUGAGUGACCCCGUCAUGCAGCAGAUCCUGCAGCAAGCCCAGUCGAAUCCCGCUGCCCUCCAAGAUCACUUGAAGAACCCGAUGAUCAAGCAGAAGAUACAGAAACUGAUCAAUGCCGGCGUCAUAAGAACACGGUAA